UCAGCUCGGAUGGAGUUUCUGCUUCUGCAUACAGCCGGAAACCAUCAACUGCAGCACAACACCGCCCGGAAUGUCUGAUCAGAGAACUGCAAAUCCUCAUGCCAUAUUCAUACCAUACCCUCUCCAAGGUCACUUGAUCCCUUCUGUUCAACUUGCCAUUAAGCUAGCAUCAAACGGAUUCACCAUCACUUUCAUCAACACUCAAUCCAUCCACCAUACUCUCACCAAAUCCUCCACCACCACCCAAGAUGUUUUUGCAGAGGCACGGAAAUCGGGUCUGGAUAUUAGGUACGCCACCGUGAGCGAUGGUCUUCCGCUAGGGUUUGAUCGAUCCCUGAAUCAUGACCAAUACAUGGAAUCUCUUUUCCACGUAUUUUCGGCUCAUGUGGAUGAACUUGUGGGGAAUCUCGUGAAAUAUGAUCCAUCCAUCACCUGUUUGAUUGCGGACAGCUUUUUUGUGUGGCCAUCGAUGAUCUCAAACAAGUAUAAGUUGCUCAAUAUUUCAUUUUGGAUUGAACCAGCUUUGAUUUUGACCUUGUACUAUCACUUGGAUUUGCUCAAGAAAAAUGGACACUAUGAUCCACUUGAUAAGUUUGACGAUGUAAUAGAUUACAUACCUGGGGUUACUUCAAUCAAACCAACGGACUUGAUGUCAUAUCUCCAAGCUGCUGAUACAAACACUGUCGUUCAUCGCAUCAUACACAAGUCGUUGUUCGAGGCUACAAAGAAAGCUGAUUUCAUCAUAUGUAACACAAUACAAGAGCUUGAAUCUCAUACAAUUUGGACACUGAAUCAUAUGCAACCCUUUUAUGCGAUUGGUCCGCUUUUCCCUGAUGGCUUCACUCAAGAACUCGUGUCCACAAGCUUAUGGUCCGAAUCAGAUUGCACAAGUUGGCUCGAUCACAGACCACCCAAGUCGGUCUUGUAUGUUUCAUUUGGUAGCUAUGCUCACACCAGCAAACAUGAGCUUGCAGAGAUAGCUUAUGGGCUCGUACGAAGUGGGGUUAGUUUCAUUUGGGUGCUUCGGCCCGAUAUCGUGAGUUCUAAUGACGAUGCUUUGCCAUUUGGGUUUGAAGAUCAAGUUAAAGAUCAAGGGUUGAUUGUGCCUUGGUGUAAUCAGAAGACUACUAUUUCGCACGGGUCAAUUGGAGGGUUUCUUACGCAUUGUGGGUGGAAUUCCAUUUUGGAAAGUAUUUGGUGUGGGGUGCCUUUGAUUUGUUUCCCACUUUUGACUGAUCAAUUUACUAACAGGAAGUUAGUAGUUGAUGACUGGAAAAUUGGGAUGAAUUCAUGUGAUGAGAAUUUGAAGGUUGAAAGAGAGGAGGUGUCAAAGAAAGUCAAAGAUUUGAUGAUAGGAAUAAAGUCAAAUGAAGUGAGGAAUGGGGUCAAGAAAGUUCAAAAAACACUGCAAGAUGCACUGGGCAAAAGUGGAUCAUCUCAAACAAAUUUCAACCGAUUCAUCAGCGAACUCAAAGUUAAAAUGAGAUGAAUUAGUUGCCAUUUCUUGGGGUAUAUAAUAAAAGGAGGUGAAAACGAGAAUAAAUAAUUAAAUAAAAGAAUACAUCAUCAUGUGUAAAAUCAUAUAUGGUUUUAUAUCACCAGUUAACACAAGCGUGUAUACCGGUGAUGUGUCCUACGAUCUCAGGUUGUGACUAAAGUCAUACGAAUCACAUAUGAUUUUACAUACGAUUUUAGCGGUCAAUACAGACAUUUGCAAAGAGGUGGAGAGACUAACACUUUCAAUUCGUGAAAAGAUUAUUAUUAUAUGUGAAGGGACAUGAUGAAGUACCAAAGUUUUAAUAUUACAUGUGAUGAAAUACGAUAUAAUAUAUGAUUGAUUAUGAUAAAAAAAGUGU